UUCUAUUCUAAGUGCCGUAGCAGCUGAUUAGAAGCCCAUAUUGUGUGCUUAUCAGUCCACGAGGCAAGUAAACACAGUGUAGAAGUAAUUGAGUGAGAUUAAAAUUGAAUUUUUCAAAUAAGCUUCAAGAGUUUUCCUGAGAAAAACAGCGAUUAGAAAAUCCAUUCUGGAGCUCAUCUUAUUUGCACGUGCUCACUGUGGAUGGAAUUGCGUGCGUGGGUGUGAUGGGAAAGGUUGCAGCUGCAAUUGAUGGUGGAUUCGCCACGCAAUUGACGCAACAUGUUGGCGAUUUGGUCGAUGGAGACCCACUUUGGAGUGCCAGAUUCAAUGCAACAAAUCCCAAAGCCGUUAAAGCUGUCCACGAGGACUUCCUGGCAGCAGGAGCAGAGCUAAUCCGUACAAAUACGUACCAAGCUUCAGUUGAUGGUUACAUGAAGCAUUUGGGGUUGUCUAAGGAGGAUGCUGUGCGCCUAAUUGCGGAAGCUGUUAAAUUGGCUCAUGAGGCUCGGGAUGAUUUUCAGCGGAAGCAUCCUGAAGGGGCCAAAGUCAAGAUAUUCGGCUCAAUUGGACCAUAUGGUGCGUGCCUGGCUGAUGGCUCUGAAUACUCUGGAAACUACAUGGCAACAACUGCACAUUCAACAAUCCGCCAGUGGCACAAAGAACGCAUCAGCAUCAUCGUUGAAGCUGGUGUCGAUGGAUUGGCCAUUGAAACUCUUCCCAGUGCCAGAGAAGGAGAAAUUCUGCUUGAUCUCAUGCAGCAGGAAUUUCCAGAUGUGAAAUUCUGGAUAUCCUUCCAAUGCCCCAAUGGCACGGAGACAGCAGCUGGAGACAACUACAGUGAGACUGUACGGAAAAUUUGGCAAAUUGUGCAAGAAGAUGAGAAAUUGCGGCAGAAUUUCCUCGCAAUUGGCGUCAAUUGUUCCCAUCCAGACAGUGUUGCAUCACUUUUUGCACAUCUCAAUGACCCCCAACAGGUCCCAGCUGAUAAAAAAAUUCCCUUGAUUGCGUACCCAAAUUCGGGGGAAAUGUACGACGUUGUGGAAAAAAAAUGGAUUUCAAGCCGUGCUGGGAGGCCCUUGGAGAGUUACAUUGAGGAAUGGAUAGCCCUUGGCGCGAGAUAUGUUGGUGGCUGCUGUAGAAACUAUGCCAGCAACAUCAGACGAAUACGGGAGACUCUUGAUAAUCUCCCGGAGACAAUAUUGGCUUCCAACAACUGAUUAUAUGGGGCAUGAGCCAUGUUGUUCAGACAAUAAAGCGCGGAGGAGCUGCUACAUUAGUGAGAGGCGCGCAUUAAUCGUGUUAGUCGCUACUGAGACACUGACCGGAUCGUGUCUCUUUGGCAAUUUAUUAGUUUUUUUUCCUUCUCUGUGGCAAAAAUUUAAAUUUAGUCGUGUGAUUAAAUAUUUCUCAACAACA